AUGAAUGCCAUUAAAAAACGGCUGCAAAUGCUAAAACUUGAGAAAGAUCUCGCGAUAGACAAAGCUGAUCUAUGCGAUCAGCAGGCAAAAGAGGCAAAUCGAAGGGAAGAAAAAUUGAGGGAUGAAGUUCGUGAAUUGGCCAAAAAGUUAGUGCAAAUGGAGCAUGAUUUGGAAGUGAGUAAGGCCCAACUUAUAAAGUCAAACAGGAAUCUUGAGAUAAAGGAGAGAGUCUAUAUAGUGACGCAGUCAGAACUGGCGGUACUUAAUAGAAAAAUGCAGCAAUGCAUGCAGAAUUUAGAAAAGUCAGAGGAGCGACGUUUGUCGGCUCAAGUAAAGCUCGCGCAAGUCAUAGAAACUGCUGAAGACGCAAAGCGCAUCUGCAAAGUCCUAGAGAAUAGGAGUAAACAGGAUGAAGAGAGGAUGGAUCAAUUGAUGGCGCAGCUGAAGGAAGCGAGAAUUAUUGCUGAAGAUGCUGACACGAAAUCGGAUGAGAUUUCGAGAAAAUUGGCAUUUGUUGAAGACGAGCUGGAAGUGGCGGAAGAAAGAGUUAAAUCGAGCGAGGCGAAAAUUCUCGAGAGGGAGGAUGAGUUAUUCAUCGUUGGCAAUAUAUUCAAGUCCUUGGAAGUGUCUGAAGAGAAAGCUAACCAAAGGGUGGAAGAAUUCAAAGCGCAGUUAAAAGAAUUAAAAGUAAAAUUGAAAGCUGCUGAAAAGCGUGCCAUUAUCGCUGAGAAAACUGUCAAGAUAUUCACGAAAGAAAUGGACAAGAGGGAAGAUUAUCUACUAAAAGAAAAGGAAAAAUACAAAUACAUCUGCGAUGAUUUGGACUCCACGUUUUCGGAGCUUACGGGAUAUUAA